CUGGAUCACCUCAGAGCGCAACCUGCGCCAACACGGACUAAAAUAAACUAUCAGCGACCGCCAAACUUCUUCAGUUCUCUUUAACAGACUAUUAUUUGGAAAUUCUCUUAGACUAUAAUGCAAAAUGCUAACAUUCAAAAAGACGCUUCGUGUCGACGCUUGUGCAUACUUUCGCUUGAUUGGCUCAAAGUCGUAUGACAUAAUACUCCUUUAGAACGUUUUUUUGGUGCGUGACGUCACUCCCACUCGGAGAGAACAUGACCGAAGGACUUUUUGUUUGUCUGUUACUGAUGCGGCAUUUGUGUGUGUUUAUGUGUGUGUGUCCUUCACGCUUAUGAAGAACUGAAGGGAUUCUUCCUGGAGGCUCGGACCAUGAAUUACGUGGGGCAGUUGGCCGGUCAGGUGUUUGUGCAGGUGAAGGAAAUCUACAAAGGUCUGAAUCCCGCCACGCUGUCUGGCUGCAUCGAUGUCAUUGUUGUGCAGCAGCCCGACGGAUCUCUGAUCUGCUCACCCUUCCACGUGCGCUUCGGAAAGAUGGGCGUCCUGAGAUCACGAGAGAAAGUGGUGGAUAUAGAGAUCAACGGAGAACCUGUAAAUUUGCACAUGAAGCUGGGAGAUAAUGGAGAAGCUUUCUUUGUCAAGGAGAUGGAAGAUGAUCAGGUGGUUCCCUUUUAUCUGGCUACAUCUCCCAUCCUGUCUGACAGAGGGGCUCUGAUGGGCUGCUGUGCUGAGAAUGGUGUGAUGAAGAAGAGGAAGAAGAGGAGAAGGAAGUUUAAAGUGGAAGGCGUGAGGAAAGAGAACAGCCUGGAGUUUUCCGAAGAGGAGCAGUUUAACUUCGACAUUAAUGAUAGCGAGCAGUCGGAUGAGAACAGGGGAGAGCUGGAAAAUGAAAGUUUAAACGCUGGAAACACACAAAAGAAAAACACAGAAUAUGCUCGGUCAGAUGGGGAAUGGAGUCACAGUCCUAAUGUGUCUCGUCCCUGCACUCCUAAAAGUGACUCUGAACUGCUCUGUAAAGGACAACCGGAGGAUUCGGCCAUGUUGUGGUCCUGGGGGGAACUUCCUCAAGCUGCCAAGCCAUCAUUUUUGUCCGCAAAACCAAACCUCCCGUCUGCGCAUCCGCUGUCAAUCCCCAUCUCGGACAACACACAUUUCAGAGUCAUUCCCAGCCAUGAUGACAUCAGAUCUCACCCUGACGGCCAAUCGUCCAGAGCGAAAGACUUUGAAAAUCCGGAGGUGACAUCAGCAGCAUGUGUGAUGUCAGAGAGCGAAGAGAAUGGAGCAAACACUGGACACCGCUCACAAAAUAAGACCGAUUCACCCUGUAAAAGAAAAGAUAAAAGAAGUCGCCACCUGGGAUCUGACGGCGUGUAUUUGGAUGAUAUAACACAGUUGGAACCGGAAGCCGCUGCACUUUACUUUCCUAAAAGUGGAUCAGAGCGCUCGUGCGGUGAGAGUAGUUGUGGCGGUGUGACCGCGUCUCAGUCCGCGUGCAGCUCAGGAGCAGACAGCGGCGUGGAUAGUUACGACCUGCCCUCUAUCGGCAUCUCUCUGUGUGGAGGACUCACAGAAAACAGAGAGAUUACUAAAGAGCAUUUCCAGCAGCAGUUUGUCUCUUAUCAGCAGUUUUCUGAGAAACCCUCCAUCAUUGACAACCCAAAUCUGGUGGUGAAGAUCGAUUCCAAGUAUUAUAACUGGAGCACUGCUGCUCCUAUUAUACUGGCAAUGCAAGCCUUCCAGAAACCGCUGCCCAAGGCCACGGUAGAAAGAGUUGUGAAGGAGAAGAUGCCCAGAAACAGAGGAAGAUGGUGGUUUUCAUGGAGAGGAAGAACAAACAACACAAAACCAGAUUUAAUUUCAGCUGUUUCAGAAUGUGCACCAAGAGACGACAAUAACAGGCGGACAGAAGAGUUUUCCUCCAGUGAUGACGAUCACUUAUCUGCCAAUCAAACUCCCAAACACGCCCACACAGUCCCCGCCCUCACCACAGGGGGCGUGUCCUAUAAGAAGACCCUCCGCCUCUCCUCUGAACAGCUUGCAAACCUGCAGUUGAAGGAAGGUCCAAAUAAUGUGAUAUUUAGCGUGACAACUCAGUAUCAGGGAACAUGCCGCUGUGAGGGAACCAUCUACCUGUGGAAAUGGAAUGAUAAAAUCAUCAUAUCGGAUAUAGACGGUACAAUCACCAGGUCGGAUAAGCUGGGACACAUUCUGCCCACGCUGGGUAAAGACUGGACCCAUCAGGGUAUCGCACGUCUCUAUCAUAACGUCAGCCAGAAUGGUUAUAAGUUUAUGUACUGCUCUGCGAGGGCGAUUGGAAUGGCUGAAAUGACCCGGGGUUACCUGCACUGGGUCAAUGAGAGAGGAACCAUGUUACCACAAGGACCUGUUUUACUGAGUCCCAGCAGCCUGUUCUCAGCACUACACAGGGAGGUGAUUGAGAAGAGGCCAGAGAAGUUCAAGGUGGCGUGUUUGACAGACAUUAAGAAUCUCUUCUACCCAAACACUGAGCCCUUUUACGCUGCAUUUGGGAACAGAGAUACAGAUGUGUUUUCCUAUAAGAAGGUUGGCGUUCCUUUAAACAGAAUCUUUACCAUCAAUCCUAAAGGAGAACUGAUCCAGGAACACGCCAAGACCAACAUCUCAUCGUACGCACGUCUGGGUGAAGUCGUGGAUCACGUCUUUCCGCUCCUGAAGUGCACCAGUUCCUGCGAUUUCCCCUGCAGUGACACUUUUAUCCACUUCACCUACUGGAGAGAACAGCUCCCUCUGGUGGACGGGCAGAUAGCGAGCACAGACAACACCACUCACUGAACACCGCACACAGACACAACAUUCUGUGUAGACAGAAAAACAAAUACAGACAUGCUAAAAAUCAACAAACCUCAAAUGUAUGCACUGUAGGUCAGGCACUUUCUUUCAAAGAUAUCUUCACAUUGUGAUCUUUAGAAUAUUGUACUGUUUAUAGUUUUUAAGGUGAGGUCAGAUAUAUUAUAUGUGCUGUUACUGAGAGGUUUUGUUUUGAUAUACCUACAGCACCUGUUACCUCAGUAUAAAUUGUAAAAUGAGUUAAAAUAAGUGAAUUUAUAUGUUACAACACAUAUGUGUUUAUUAUUUAUAAAUUGAAAGGAACUCAGCAAUGUUACGUUUGUUACAAUCAAAAUAAGCGAUGUUACAUUGGGUAAUCUCAGAAGGAAAUUAUAGUUUGCACAAUUCAAAAGAGAUCCUAAAAUAUGCUUUAUUUUGUGGAAAGUAUGAUUCACACAUUUUUAGAGACAGAAUGUAGAAACUGUUACAUUGCUUUAGUCAUUUGGACAUUAUUUAAACCAUUAGUUUGAAAUCUAGUGAGUUUGACAUCUUUUGCUGUCAUAUGGAGCACUUCUUCAUCUGCUUAUUUUUACUUGUCUAAGCAUAGAUGAUUUUAUACUCAUACCUUGUAGGUUUUAAACAGGUUACUGAGAAAAGAAGAAGAUAUAGUCCGAUUAGCCUCCAUUUUUAUGUGAUGUAAUAUUAUAACCCUGUUUGUGCUGAUUUGUGUGUGUGUGUGUUGCAAAAAAUGUUAUAUGCUAUAUCUAUUUUAAUGGGAGGAGUGUGUAUUUAAAGUGUUUGGGAAGAGGAUAUUCUUUCAGUGAAAGAAAUCAGUCCAUCAUGAGCUCGAAUGAGUAAAUGUGUUUCUCAGGUGAUUUUAUUUUGAAGGGAAAUUUGUCUUUAGCUAUUCAAUAAAGUUUCAUACAUGUCAAGAAAAUAAACCAUGUCAGUUUGACCUAAUGCAGUUUAUCUCAUUGAAAGGAGAUCAGUUUAAAUGGAGUUAUCACGUGCUGAAUUUUAAGUGAUCUCAUGUUAGACCAGAAUAAAUUAUUAUAAGAUCUGUGCUCUACUUAAUUCAUUCAAAAUAUGUA